AUGACCUUGGUGACAGCCAUCAGCCCCUGCGGUCACAGUGAGCAGUUCUCCUCCACAUUUAAUAACAGAAACAAGCUACCUGGAAGUCAUGGAAUCGCUUUUCCGGGUAGUAGUUCCCAAUAUUUCUUCUGUGUAGUACGUGUGACAAACGACAUUCACAAGCUCACACCCUCCCAUGGACAAGCUCACCCUCAGGCUCCAUUUGCCUCCCCCGCUGGAAUCAACCCUUUCUCCACCCAAGGGGGAUGUCAAAAAUGCAAACAAGCGGCAUACCUGUGGGAAGCACUGAAGGGGCCAGGGGAAGAGGUGAGAAGCCUUCGCGGAGAUAACCACCCGAAAUCCUGCUCCAGAACCUUCGCUCCCGGAGAGCGGGCCACACGCACCCGGCCGCGGUUGAGGACGCGGGUCCGGGCGUCACUCGUCUUUCUCCUCCGCGCCACCUGGGCCUCGCGCACAGUUACAAAGCACUGGACCUUCCGGCGGCCUCGGGCGGCCGGGCCGGCUCACUGGCCGCCGCGGGCCUCGGCUGCAGAGCCGGGCCACACUCCGGCAGGAGCUGGGCGGGGAGGGGAGGACGACGGGGCGGGGCCUGCCACUCCAAGUCCCCAUGCCGGGGACGUCACGGCUCCAGGUGCGUGUGCGGCGCGGGGCGGAAGUCCACCGUGCGCCUCCCUCCUCCACGCAGGUCCCACCUCAGCGCGAGCAGCUCGGCCGGGCUCCGGGCUCCCGGUUCCGGGCUCCGUUUUCUCGCUGAGGCCACACCUGGAACUGCGCCUUUGGGCAGGGCCGCGCGGCCGCCGCGGGGGAGGGGACCCUCGGGGCGGGGGCGCCGGGGAGGAGCGGGCGCGCGCGGAGACGCGGGGAGCCGGCGGCGCCGAGUGGUGCUGGCAGCCCGAGACGGAGCCUGCGACGGGAUGGCGCUGGGCGCGGCGGGUUCGCUGCUGCUUCUCCUGUGAGCCCUGGAGCGGGGACCUUUCCUGGAGGUCGAGAGCUUUGUCCGGAGUCUCCUCAGACGGCAACAUGGAGGCGGUGGGAGCAGCGGCCGCGCCUCCUCCCCGGGGCUCCCGCCACCCGAGCGCGGCAAUCUGCUUUAACUUUGGAGAUGGACUCCAUUUAGAGGCCUUACACUCAAGAAAUGAAAAUAAGCUGCUUCCUAAACAUACUCACUCAGUGAGGCAAAAGCGCGCUUGGAUUACUGCCCCUGUGGCUCUUCGGGAAGGAGAGGAUCUGUCCAGGAAGAAUCCGAUUGCCAAGAUACAUUCUGAUCUUGCAGAAGAAAAAGACCUAAAAAUUACAUACAAAUACACUGGAAAAGGGAUCACAGAGCCACCUUUUGGUGUGUUUGUCUUUAAUAAAGACACCGGAUUACUGAACGUUACCACCAUUCUAGAUCGAGAAGAAACACCAUUUUUUCUGCUAAUGGGUUAUGCUUUGGAUGAGAAAGGAAACAACUUAGAGAAACCAAUAGAACUCCGAAUUAAAGUUCUUGACAUCAAUGACAAUGAGCCAGUGUUCACACAGGACGUCUUUGUUGGGUCUGUUGAAGAGCUGAGUGCAGCAAAUACCCUUGUGAUGAAAAUCACCGCAACAGAUGCAGAUGAGCCCAACACUCUGAAUUCUAAAAUUUCUUAUAGAAUCGUAUCUCAGGAGCCUGCUAAUUCUCCAUUGUUUUACCUAAAUAAAGAUACAGGAGAGAUUUAUACAACCACUAUUGCCUUGGACAGAGAGGAACACAGCAGUUAUACUUUGACGGUAGAAGCAAGAGAUGGCAAUGGACAAGUAACAGACAAGCCAGUAAAACAAGCUCAAGUUCAGAUUCGUAUUUUGGACGUCAAUGACAAUAUACCUGUAGUCGAAAAUAAAGUGUAUGAAGGAAUAGUUGAAGAAAACAAAGCCAAUGUAGAAGUUUUACGCAUAAAAGUGUUCGAUGCAGAUGAAGUAGGCUCCGAUAAUUGGUUAGCCAAUUUUACUUUUGCAUCAGGAAAUGAAGGGGGUUAUUUCCACAUAGAAACUGAUACUCAAACUAAUGAAGGAAUCGUGACCCUUAUUAAGGAAGUAGAUUAUGAAGAAAUGAAGAAUCUUGACGUCAACAUUAUUGUCACUAACAAGGCAGCUUUUCACAAAUCAGUUAAGAAUAAAUAUAAGCCUACACCCAUUCCGAUCAAAGUCAAAGUGAAAAAUGUGAAAGAAGGCAUUUAUUUUAAAAGCAGCAUAAUCCAAUUUCACACUAGCGAGAGUGUGGAAAAAUCAAGCCAAAGCCAAAUAAUGGGAAAAUUUCAAGCUUUUGAUGGCGACACUGGACAAGUAGCCCGUGUAAAAUAUGCCAAAUUUGAAGAUAUAGACAAUUGGAUCUCUGUGGAUUCUGCCACCUCUGAAAUUAGACUUGUAAAAAUUCCUGAUUAUGAAUCCAGAUAUGUCCAAAAUGGUACAUACACUGCAAAGAUUUUGGCUGUGACAGAAGAAUAUCCUAGAAAAACCAUCACUGGCACUAUUAGUAUCACGGUUGAAGACAUCAAUGACAAUUGUCCCACACUGGUCGACCCUGUGCAGACUGUCUGUGAUGAUGUGCAAUACGUGAACGUGACCGCAGAGGACCUGGACGGACCCCAAAACAGCUGGCCUUUCAGUUUCUCUGUCAUUGACAAACCAGCUGGAAUGGCAGAAAGGUGGAAAAUAGUAAGCCGAGAAAGUACCAGCAUGCUACUGCAACAAAAGGAACGAACGCUUGGGAGGAGUGACAUUCACUUGCUGAUUGCAGAUAGUAAAGGCUUCAGUUGCCCUGAAAAGCAAGUCCUUAAACUCACCGUCUGCAAGUGUGUGGAAGGCGGUGGCUGUGUAGAAAUGUGGAUUGACUCCUACGUUGGCCUCGGACCUGCAGCAAUCGCGCUUAUAAUGUUUGCCCUUCUGCUCUUGCUACUUGUACCACUUCUACUGCUGAAGUGCCGUUGUGGGAAGGGUGCCAAAGGCUUUACCCCCAUCCCUGGUACCAUAGAGAUGCUGCAUCCUUGGAACAACGAAGGGGCACCACCUGAAGACAAGGCAGUGCUGCCUCUUCUAGAGGCAGACCACAGAGACUGUGCAGCUGUAGGCGGCGGAGCAGGGGCUGUGACAACCAAGGGUGCUACCGUGAAAGGAAGCAGCUCCGCUUCCUUUAUCAAAGGGCAGCAUGAGACGUCCGAGGUGGACGGCCGAUGGGAGGAAUACAGGAGCUUCGUCUCAGGGGGGGCCACCCAGGUUACAGGGACAGCAGGAGCCUUGAUGACCACGGAAACCCUUAGGACCACGAGAGCCACGGUGGCUUCUCGAGAAGUGGCCGGAGCUCGAGCAGCUGCGGUGGCAGUGAAUGAGGAAUUCUUAAGAAGUUAUUUCACUGAAAAAGCUGCCUCUUAUGCCGAGGAAGAUGACAUUCACACAGCCAAAGACUGCCUUCUGGUUUACUCUCAGGAAGAAACUGACUCUCUCCAGGGUUCCAUUGGCUGUUGCAGUUUUAUUGAAGGAGAGCUAGAUGACGGCUUCUUAGAUGACUUAGGAUGGAAAUUCAAGACACUCGCUGAAGUUUGCUGGGGUCAAAAAAUAGAGAUGGAUAUGGAAAUCGAGCAGAGGCCAAAACCUAUGAGAGAAACAGACGUGAAGGCAGCUUCACAUUCAUUCUAUGAGCAAACCAGGGUUAAUUCCGAGAAUACUUAUCCCUCCGGUAGCAGCUUUCAAGUUCCAAAACCUUUGCAUGAAGCAAACACAGAGAAAGUCACUCAGGAAAUAGUCACUGAAAAAUCUGUGUCUUCUAGGCAGGCUCAAAAGGUAGCUGCACCACUUUCAGAUCCAUUGGCUUCUGGUAACGUGAUAGUGACAGAAACUUCCUAUACCACGGGCUCCACAGUGCCACUGAGCACUGUGGUCCUGGACCCCAGACAGUCCGAAGGCCUGAUGGUGACAGAGCGGGUCUAUGCCCCGGCGUCCCUCUUGGGAGAGCAGCAGUACGCUAGCGAGGGUGGCAUCAUGGUUACCGAGAGAGUCAUCCAGCCUCACGGGGGCUCACCUGGCCCCCUGGAGGGCACCCUGCAUCUGCCCGACGCACACUAUGUUAUGGUGCGGGAAAGAGAGCGCUUCCUCACCCCCAGCUCCCGUGUGCAGCCCCCUCUGGCCGCGCACAGUGUAGCCGUAGGACAGAACGUGACAGUGAUGGAAAGAGUGCUAACACCAGCUUCCACUCUGCAAUCUAAUUACCAGAUUCCUUCCGAAACCUCUGUAAUGGCCAAAAAGACUGUGGUUUCUGGAACUGGAGUCCCGGGCCCUCCGCCAGACUCAGGCUUCAAGGAGUCUAGUCAUUCUAAUUAUACAAUAACCACAUCUUCCACCAGGGUCUCCAAGCCUAGCACAGUCCAGCAGUUCUCCUAACCAGACACUGCCCCAGAGUUUAGCUAGCAGUGACUCAUUUCAUGUUUUCAAAGGACCUGGCUUUUCAUGAGCCUUACAGAUGUAAGAGGCACAUAUACCUCGGGCUUCAAAUUUUUCUCAGUCACUAAUAUGCAGAGAACCUCACUGUCUCAGCUUCUAGGAGUGCAAUUCAGAAAUGCCCCAGGACUUACUGAGGGGGCAUAAUGAUGAUGCUGUGACUUAGGUGCCUUUGAGCGACUUAUGGCCAAACAAUACUUACAAAGCAAGUUAAAUAGAGAAUAAAUCUGGCUUCUAAGAAUUUUAUCAAAUUAACAAAGUGUCCAGUUCAUGAGCCAUCCGACAGAGCCCCCCAUGAAACUGAGUGGGCCUCUUUGCCUACCAUGUUAACAUUUAACUUUGCUGUUCUAUAUUCCAUACGUUCCCGCACCUAGCAGAUUAUCAACAACUUAUUUAUCCAAAGAUACACGCACAGUUUGAGUGACCCGUUUUGCUUGUUUGACUUCCUUAAAACUAGAGGCCCUUCAAUCCACGUAAGGUUAAUUGAAUUUUGGAACACUGACAUGGUAAGAACACACAUUGUGUGUUUCUGUGCACAUAACUGUGUGUGUGUGUGUGUGUGUGCCUGUGAUUCUGUGUGUGUGCAUGUGUUGUAUGACCUCAAAAAUAGCAUUAUACCUUCCCUUUGUCACUCAAUAAUCAUGAAAAUAUUAAAUACUUCAAAUUCAGUAGAAUAAUUCAGGGCAAAAUUCAUAAAUAUAAAAUCACUUUAUUUUUAUAGGAAUAAUAUACUAUUAAAAAACUCAGGAUACAUUAUCUUCUAAUUUAGUACGUCUAAAUUAACUAUAUACAUGGUGGUAAGAAUCCUUUUCACUGCUAUAAAUCCUCAGUGCCUACCAUGGGUGCCAAAUCAAUAUUUGUAGAAUUAAACUGAAUUUUAGAAGCUACUCUCUUUUAUCUAUACUUGCAAAAAAUACUGAAAGACCCUAUAAUUUCUAUAAUUAUGAGUUUGAAAUUAUGAUUUAUUCCAUAUCUCAAAGUCCUUGACUAGCUGGUCAUGGCUUACUACAUGGAAUAUUAAAUAUUGUGUAGCUGACCUGAAUUUGUACAUCUUGCCUUUCUUUCUGAAAAGUGUUUUGGGUGUUUUGGCCAAAUAAAUAGAGUAUUUUUAUUGCUCCCUGAAGAAAUGAUCCAUUUCAGAUUUCAAAGUAUAAGUGCAUAUCAGUAAUCAAUUAUAUAAAUAUCCUCCACAACAAAAUAAUUUCCAUAAAUUUCAAAGGCUAUGAUUUCAUGAAUUUUUAAUAUAUUUACUAGGAAAAUGAAUCUCUAAAAAUUCAUUUUGUGGCACACUUUUAAAAAUGUGUUAUGCAAAAGGUUUAUACUUUUUUACUCCCACUGACGUGUAUGAAUAAAAGGCAAAUAUUUUUAGACACCAUAAGCCUGUGGCCAAAAUGAAGGUCACUGUUCCAUGCUAUAAAUUUUUUAUUCUCUACGUACUAAUUGUUUUUGCUUUUCUUUCAUUAUAGACUUAGUAGUUAUUUUUUGCCAAGUCUGCAACAAGAAUAUCACUACUGUGUGAAAAUGUGAAUGUGACCUAUGUACUCCAGACAAAACUUGGUCUUAAAUUUCCUCCUCAGACAGGCUUAAAAAACCUAACAUGUCUCCUAUAUAUAAAGUCACCACAUUUCCUAAAUGAUUUUCUUUGUUCCUGAAAGGGUGAUUGUAUUAGUUUUUACAUUUGUCCUAUGGAAGAAACGUUGUAAUUGUAUGUGUAUCAUCAAAAUAUUUAAA